AUGGAGUUCCAGGAAAUGUUCCGUUACGGUUACAUGUUCCCACCCCAAGAAAAUGAACACGUUACGUCGACAUAUAUGGAGCUGCCAGAGUACACAUAUCUCAAAGAGAAGAGUGUCCUGCUACCACCGGUUUCUUCGGUCUUGACCGUUCAACCCCACAUGAUGUAUGACAACAACAGUGACGGCUGGAAUACUCCAAGUCCUCCGGCGAGUCUUCGCUCAGUCUCACCCUCCACCACAUUAUCUGUAUCAUCGUCAGACCUAGAUCGAUCUGCUUCUCUUCACAAAGAGACACUCCAGCCGGAAUCAAAACGACGCAGAGAUCGGCGCAAUUCCGGGGAGGUCACCCAGAGAAAUAUUGUUCAGGUGCACGUGCAAGUGACCGGUGUGGAUGACGAUGAGGAGGACAAUACUGGGGAGGAACUCUCUAAACUGUCAUCUAGGAGGAGUGUCGUCAGCACCUCUAGUUCCUUCGAAGAUAGAAUGGAAAUGGACCUGGAAAGCGAUGGAGCCAGUGAAGUCGACGAAUCGUCAGGGCGAAUAAGGCGUGGUAAAUACGUGAGUUCAAUUGUCGUCAGAAAGCGGAGGUUAGCCGCCAAUGCCCGGGAACGUAGACGGAUGCAAAAUCUCAACAAGGCAUUCGAUAGGCUGAGAGCUUAUCUACCUUCUCUCGGCAAUGACAGACAGUUAUCCAAGUACGAGACUCUUCAGAUGGCACAAUCUUAUAUCACUGCACUCUACGAUCUACUCCAGUGA